CAUACAACAAUCGUAUUUCUGUACUAGAUCCCGGCGGACCACAAUAUAUUAACAUUAGUUACGUAUAAAAUUAUCCCUGUUAAAUAAAAUCACAAUGAAGUGGUUUAUGUGCUACUUGUGUUUGUGUUUCUGUGGCGGUGUUAUGGGAAAUUUCAGUUUUACGUAUGACAUGGUGAAUUCUUGUAGAGAAUAUACUUGCCAGCACGGCUAUCUAUACGAAACGUUCUUCAGGGCUGAUUCUGAAGAAUACAGACGAGAGAAGUCAGAUGAGAGUCUAGUAUUUGAAAUGCAUAUAGCGAUUUUAGGGGCUAGUAAUGGACAUAUUUUGCUGUCUACAGUUGCUUUUCCACAAGCAAGUGAUCCUGUUUAUGAAAUUGUCAUAGGCGGUGGAGGAAACAAAUUUACCGAAUUACGUAGAAAUUUACGGAGAAACGCCAAAACAUCAGUGAAGACUCACCAAAUAUUAUCUCCAAUUGAGUUUAGAGCGUUUUAUAUUAAGAUAUCUGAAGAUGGGCUCAUAGAAUUCGGAAAAGAAGGAGAUAUUCUACCCAUCUUUAGCUUUAUGGAUGUAGAUCCAAUAACAAUUAAUUACUUCAGUUUUGCCGCGUGGUCCGGGGUGGAAAUUAAAUUCCUUUAUGACUGCCCUAUACCUGGCUCCAAGAGUAAAGUAACACCAAAUUCUCAAGCGGUAGACCCUAAACUAUCAAACUCAGACAAACUCAAGCGCACGUUAUUAUCUGACAAAGAUCCCAUUAUACCACCCUCACCUCAAGUUGCUGUACAAUUGGGUAUUAAGGUUACCAGUGUUGCGUAUGACGCUUUUGAGUCAAAGUUAACCACAGGAGUGUCUAUUGUUAUGAAAUGGACAGACAACAGUAUGGCAUGGAAUCCCAGCAAAUUCAACAAUACAGACAGUCUUACUUUUCGAUUGGGACAAAUAUGGAGCCCUAAGUUCCAUGUUUUUAAUUCAGCCUCUAUCGGAUUAAUAGAUGCUAGGAACCCAGAACUAAUCACGAUGGUCAAUAGUGGUGAAGCGACAUACCACAUGCAUGCCACUAUUAAAACUUGGUGCUUUGAUUAUGGCAAUACUUUGACCAGAUGGCCUCGCGACGAAUAUGUCUGUGCGAUUGUCAUACAACCAUGGGAAGCGCAUGAAAAGAUCACUUUGAAAAAUAUCGAUGUCAAUAGUAUGAAAACUUUUGCGCUAACAGACACGGUCAUACAAAACGCGUGGGAGGUAUCAUCAUCACACUUCAUAGUGAACGUUAGUUCGUGGAACGAAAUGUACCCGACAGACGACAACACAACACACCAGAGCGAUAGAUUCGUGCUCAAAGUGAUCUUGAAGAGGAACGCUAGUGCUUAUAAUAUUGUGUUUUAUACGCCUUUACUGGUUCUAGUAACUUUCGUGCUCCUCUCUUUCUGGACAGAGCCAGUGAAUUUAUCAAGAAUUUGGUUCUAUACUAGCUGCGUCAUUAUAAUUUGUUUGGGAUUGUGCUAUAUUGACUAUAUGGUACCAUGUCACACUGUACCUUCUAUAUUGGUACUAUACAUUACAGUACUAGGCGGUGUGUUACUAGCGAUAUUUAUACAAGUGGCACUAAUGACGUCACUCGCCCAACGGCUCUGCAGGAGCUCCAUAAUGCAGAACAUUGUGACGGCCCAGUGGUUUAGAUCAGUGUUCUGUUUGCCGCAAUUGAAGCUCUGUCACAUCUACGACACGAUAAACGAAAGCAGCUCAAACCAAGAGGACGAUGACGGCACAGUAGGAAAGAACAUAGAAGAAAUGCAGUCAGAUAAAGUUCAGUACAGUGAGACUAGGGAACUGGCCGAGGCGAUAGAUAAAUGUAUGUUCGUUGUUUAUUCUGUGGCGUUUGCUGUUCUUUUGGCGCUGCACUUUUGAGUGUACAAAAUUGAAAUAAAGAAAAUAAAAUUAUACGAGUGUUUUUUUUAUGUGUUUAUCUAAAUCUUGUAAAUAAAGUAGUAAAUGACAUUGAUAGUUUUGAUUGUAAAAUACGAGCUUUUGUGUAGCCAACAAACCUUGUGAAUAAAGUGUAUUUAAGUUACCUA